AAAAAUGUGUCAGUUUGCCGGAGUUAAUCAUGGCGAAUGUGCGUGUUUUUCUGCUCUUGUGCACUUUCAGCAUCUCUCUCGCCACAAGAUCUUUCUGGAGAGGCAGAAUUCUCGAUGAGUUUCAUGGAGACACUCUGACUCUUCCACCUGGCAAGAGUCUGCCAGAAGAGCAGUGGUUUGAGCAACAAACGGAUCCAUACAGUCCAAUAGAUCUGGACACCUUCCAGCAGCGAUACUUCACCAAUUCUGAAUACUUCAAAGCACAAGAUGGUCCGGUGUUUCUGCUCAUUGGCAGAGAGGGAACUGCUAAUCCCAGAUGGAUGAUCGAGGGCGCCUGGUUAAACUACGCCAAGGAGUUCGGAGCUCUCUGCAUCCAGCUGGAGCAACGAUUCUUCGGCAAGAGUCAUCCCAACAUCAGAUCACCAUCUGACAAUUAUGUGUUUUCCUCCUCAGAGAUUGACGUUACGGAUGUGGCAAUUUUCAUCACGGAAAUGAAGAAGAAGUACAAUCUGACAUCAAAGAAUCGCUGGAUAAUCUUCGGUGGAGGAUAUUCUGGCUCCUUGGCGGCUUGGACGCGAAUCAAGUUUCCCCAUUUGGCUCAUGGAGCUGUCAGUUCGAGUGGAGCUGUCAUAGGAAAGUUGGACUUCAGAGAAUACUACGAUGUGGUUGCGAAUUCCAUUCUAGACUGCCGAAUGAGUGUUAAAGAAGCUUUCAGUGAACUGGAAAAUCAAUUGACCACCAGUCCAAAGCAUUUGGAAGAACUCUUCCAACUUUGUGAUCCUAUUGAGACUCCCACUGAUCUGGAUAAGUCUAACUUAUUCGAUAUCAUGGCUAGCAUUUUCGCAAGCGUUGUCCAGUCUAAUGGCUUGCCCUACGCUAAACACAGCGUCAAGGAAAUCUGCAGUAUCAUGAAUGAUGAAAAUAAAGGUUCACCUCUAGACAGAUUGGCUGGAAUAAACAAGAUUUUCCUGGAGGAAGACGACAGUAAAUGCCUGGACUACAAAUACGAUAAUAUGAUUGAGCAACUCAAAGUAAAUUCAUGGGAUGCACCGGCAGUCGUCAGCGGAAAACUAACGUGGUUCUUCUUGCUCUGCAAAGAGUUCGGCUACUUCCAGACCUCCAACAACGCUUCAUAUGUCUUCGGAAAUCACUUCCAGCUUGACUUUUUCUUGAAGCAGUGCAGUGAUGUCUUCGGCGAGCGCUUCAAACAGGCUAGCAUUGAGAAGAACAUCUACAAUGACGACGUCAUUUACGGUGGAUUUGACAUCAAAUCUACAAACACGAUCUACAUUCAAGGCAGCGAAGAUCCUUGGCAUCCGCUUGGCUUGACAGAAUCCACGGAUUCCGGAUAUCAAACCGUUUUCAUAAAGGGCGCCGCGCACUGCGCCGAUAUGUUCGAACCUCGAGAUGACGAUUUACCUGAACUAAAAGCUGCUCGUGGUAAAAUCCGCGAGUAUAUCGCAGAAGUUCUAAACCAGAGUCAGUAAAUUCACUCUGCGUAUUUGCACAGUUAUUCAUUGUUUUACCCGCACAGCAAUAAAGAGUUCAAAUAUUCAUUGAGACAGAGAA